GCAAGCUCAAUAGCUUAGUCAUGAGCAGUCCAUGUGUUUGGGGACAAAGGCAACCGCGCCACUGUUGGAUAUAAGGGCAGAGUCCGAGCCCACGAUUAAUUAAUAUAAACAGUGGAUUAACAUUGGCCAUGUCUGUUAUUGGCCUUUGUUCAUCACAGUCAACACGGCUUUGUUGAAGAAGAGGCGCUAGCGUAGCUCGCUAGCUGACAGAGCUUGUUUGUUUGUUUGUGUGUUCGUGUUUAAAGGUGCUUCGGUUCGGGAUUUGGUUUGGCACGUAGCUGUGGCAAAACUGGCGAGGUGACCUAAGAUGAAUCGCUUCCGAAAGUGGCUUUAUAAGCCAAAGAGGUCAGAUCCUCAGCUGCUGGCCCAGUUCUAUUAUGCAGAUGAGGAACUGAACCAGGUUGCCACUGAGCUUGACAGUCUGGAUGGCAGAAAAGACCCUCAGAGGUGCACCUUGCUGGUCAACCAGUUCCGCUCCUGCCAGGACAAUGUAUUGAACAUCAUAAAUCAGAUUAUGGAUGAGUGCAUACCUGAAGACCGAGCCAACAGAGACUUUAGUGUGAAGUUCCCAGAAGAGAUCCGCCAUGACAACCUGGCCGGGCAGCUGUGGUUUGGAGCAGAGUGUCUGGCUGCUGGAUCGAUCAUCAUGAAUCGUGAAAUCGAGAGCAUGGCCAUGCGGCCUCUGGCCAAAGACCUCACCCACAGCCUAGAGGAAGUACGCAACAUCACCCGAGACCAAGCACUACGAGAUCUCAACAACUACACCGACCGCAUGAGGGAAGCUUUGCGACAGUUCGACAGCCUUUUUGCUGAGUUUGAGCUCAGUUACGUGUCAGCCAUGGUGCCUGUAAAGACUCCUAAAGAGUAUUACAUCCAGCAAGAGGUGAUCGUGCUCUUCUGUGAGACAGUUGAAAGGGCCCUGAAGCUUGAGUAUCUUACACAAGACAUGAUCGACGACUACGAGCCAGCACUCAUGUUUACAAUCCCUAGACUUGCCAUUGUCUGUGGCCUUGUUAUCUACUCUGAAGGGCCUCUCAACCUGGACCGCAAACCAGAGGACAUGUCCGAACUCUUCCGGCCUUUUCGCACUUUGCUAAGAAAAAUAAGGGACCUACUGCAGACUCUAACAGAUGAAGAGCUCAUGACGCUGGAGCGUAGCCUCUGCAUCUCUCAGGAAGGAGAGUUUCCUGGUGGUUCCAACACUUCCUCUGGUCCUGAGAGCCAGAUAGAAACCAUGGAGAAGGAUGAUGUGAUUCAAGACGAGGUAGUGGACCUCACACUCUGUGUAACCCAGAAAGAGGACGCUGAAUGGGAGGAAGAGCAAGAGGAGGAGGAGGGAGGAAAGGGGCUAGAGGAAACCCCUUCUGAAAGCAAAGAGGAGGAUAAGGGCACGGAUAUAGAUUUGGCUUGCUCCAUGCAGUAUGAUGAAGAAGAGAUAGAGCAGCUCAAUAUGAUGGUGCAUCAAGUGGGCGAUGAAAUGUCCACUUUGCUUUCCCCUCCGAGUCAGAAUCAGUCUCCGGCCCACCGGCCUCGACCCUACGGAGGAAGCAGUUUGGAGGGUUCUAGUGCAGCUUCCAGCACUCAGGCAUCUCCUCAGAGAGUCCCGGGCUCCUAUCAAGAUGAAGAUAGAGUGUUCUUCAUGGAGGACUUGGAGGCCGGAGGAGUUGUAGGGGACCGUGUAACUAGUGAGCUUUGCCACGGAAAGGUUCCCCUUCCUACCGUAUGCCUCAGAUCCCCUGAGCACUCUAGACCCGCCCUUUUGAGUGAUUCAUCCUGUAACGGUUGGUUGACAGUCUGCCAAUCAAGUGAUGCCACCAAUCUUGACUGUCAGUCCGUAGGGAGCACUGAUCGAUCACCCCUGGUAAAUGGCUGGGAAAUGUUGCAUGAGGAAAACUGUGUAGAGGCUGCGGAAGAGAUCGCCAAUCGCACUGGUGGAAUGAAACUGUCCGCCACAGUGAUUUUUAACCCACGUUCUCCAAGCUUGUCCGACUUGGCAAUGGACUUACCCGAUUCAGUGGAUGUUCCAGAGCCCAUCGAGGGUGGGGCUUUAGUUGCCACUCAGUGCCUGCUUAACUCCUGUGUGUGCUGUGCUGGCGGAUGCGUUGACAACACCGAGGACGGUGCCGCCAUGGAGCCCGCUGGACGGGGCAUGGCGCUAGGGUUUAAUAAACACAAGCUCACCAUCACAAGCUCUGUCAUCCAAACAGCUGUAGCUGCUGGCAGCCCAGGGAAGGGAAAUGGGCAUUUACCGCUCACCCUACCCCCUUCCCAGGGUCACCUCACCUCACACUGUCCCAUGCAGAAUCCAGCGAUAGAGGACAGUGGCAGUCAGGACUGUCCCCCAUAUGCCAGCUGUGAGAAAUGCCUGGCAGGAGUUCUUCUGGCUCAGGAUAAUCAAGGCUCGGGACAAGGGGAGGGAGGACCUAGUGUCACGGGAUGCCGAAUGCAACCCAACAAUACAGCAAAAGGGAGAUCAGAGGGUUUUGGAAAACAGUCCAAAGAAGAUAACAAAAAGAGCUCUAGUUCUCAGGAGUCCCCCCUCAGUUCUGUCCCCAGCAGUGACGUUGAGAGUGUAUCUGUAACUUCAUGCAGUUUAUCAAGUUCAUACACACCCAGCCCCGUAGGUAGUAUUACCAGCUCGGACAUGUCUGAAGAUCUGGAUCACCAGGAGAUCCAUGUGGCUUUGCAGGCCGCCAAACUAGCUGCUCACAAUAAAAUUCGCUCACGUUUCCAUAGUAGUAGUGACCUCAUUCACCGGCUUUUUGUCUGCAUAUCAGGUGUGGCUGAUCAAUUGCAAACAAAUUAUGCCAGUGAUCUGCGGAGCAUCUUAAAGACUCUGUUUGAGGUAAUGGCUACAAAAGCAGAGCAAGGGGACAACGAGAAGCCCAAGAAAGGCCCAUGUCUGGGCAGUGCAGUAUUGGAGGACUGUGCUCUCUGCCAGGAGACCAUCUCUUCAUCAGAACUCGCUGCCAAAGCCCGAGAGGGACAGUUUGAAGAUCCUCCUGAAUGGGUUCCGGAUGAAGCGUGUAAUUCCUGCAUUGCUUGUAAGGCUCCGUUCACCGUCAUCAGAAGGAAACAUCACUGUAGGAGCUGUGGAAAGAUCUUCUGUUCUCGAUGCUCAUCGCACUCCGCCCCGUUGCCUAGAUACGGUCAGAUGAAGCCGGUGAGAGUUUGCACUCACUGCUACAUUUUCCACGUAACGCCUUUCUACAGUGACCGGACUGGUAUCUGACCACGGCGCUCUCACGCACACCUUACGCACACUCACACAGAGACAGAAGCACACUACAGUGAGUUACUGAGGUUUGAUACUUCAGUAUCCAUUAGUGUAUGAGACAUGCACAUUACUUUAACAUCAUCAUCCAAAAAAAAUAUAAAUAUCAUAAAACACUAAAUGCAAUCCCUUCAAAGCAGGAAAUAGAGCCUUGACCAGGGAACAAACCAAGAUGGACAGAAUUACGGUUGAGAAUGCCUCAUAAAGAAAGCACAUCAAGGAAGAACCCCAUUGCUAUGGGAGCUAAAGUAUUUUUAGGGCUUUGCUUUUGAACAAUGAGCUUAAUUCAACAAUUUGCUUUAAUGGAGCAUGGAACAAGCUGGCUAUUCUGUAAAACAGGAGUGCACCCAAAAACUACACUUACAUGACAAAAAAAAGAAAAGAAAAAAAAAACAACAGCUUGUUAGCAAGAUUUCAUCUGGCAAAGUUCCAUGGGCUCAUUUUUCCAGAGUGAAUGUAAACUGUGAGCACAUGAUGUAUAUGAAAAUAACAAAACUGUGACGUAUAUGAAGACAAUACUAUUAAAAGAAUAGUUCACUUAAAAAUGAAAGUUCUGUCAAUAUUUAUUUACCCUCAUGUUGUUUCAAGAGGAGAUUUUAAACUGUAUGUUUGUCUCAGUCACCAUUCACUUUCAUUGCAUCUCUUUUCCAUGCAGUGAAGGUAAUUGGUGACAGAGUCUGACAUUUUUAACCUGGUUUGAAAAGACAUGAGGGUCAAUAAAUGAUGACAGAAUAAAAACAACAUUGGUGAACUAUCCCUUUAACACUAACUGCACCAUCAGUGAUGCUUUCGUGACAUAAUAUAGCACAGAUAACGGUUUUUGUUUUUGAUUGUUUUUUGUUUUCUGAAAAUAAUGCUGCUUUUUGGGAUUAGUUGAAUGGCCAAAAAAAAAGAAACGUGUGUGUGUGUGUGUGUGUGUGUGUGUGUGUGAUAUAUAUAUAUAUAUAUGCUGAAAGUAUGAUUUUAUGCAUCUUCCAAAUAAGAAGAUUCUCUCUUAUUCCUCAUGCCAAUGAAUGUGCAACAUUGGGUUGUUCUUUUCUUUUUUUUUCUCUCUCCAGUAACUUAUACCGAACUGUAAAGUUUGCCUUUUACAGCAGUGUGAAGUAUGGGAGCCUUUGGCUUUUCCCUCUGAUACAAAAGAACACUUUAAAGCCCCUACCUCAUCUCUUCUGAUGACUUUCUUUCCCCUUACACCUUUUCACACUUGUUUUUUUUUUUUUUUCCCUCAUCCAUUGAGAACACUAUAAAGUGAACAACCACUACUUUUUAUCUGUAAUUGUAAAAGUUAAUCAGAUUUUAACAUGUAUGAUCAGGUACUUGUGCCUUUUAGGCAGUUGCUCUAUUAACACAAGUCUGAGAUUGAACCAUUGAUAAAUGUGCUGCAUAAUGAUUUUUGACCAAACAGUACUAGCUAUUACAAAAUGCACUUUGUGUGACAAAUGGCGGCACAUUGAAAUUGACUGUAAGCAACGCCACACUUGAUGAUUUAUUAUGUGUAAUGAUCUAAAGUUAUAGUUUUAAAAUGAACUGAAUAUUGCACCUGAUUGCAGAUGGUUGUUACUGACUAAAUUGAUCUGAGAUCUAACAGGCUUCUAGUACAGUGUCUCAUUUUCUUGCAUGCAUCCGGUGAAGUAACAUUUAUUAAGUUGACCAGGUAGACUAGUAAUAUUGUGAGUUACAUCACGGUUAAUUCUGCUAGCUGAUUGAAUCUAUUUAAUUCUUCUUUCUGAUAAUUGAUAAUAGUUAAUACCUCUUUUUGUCUCUUCGAUUUUACCAAGUGUUUAUGAUUUGUGUUAAUGCUAAGCAUUCCUCUUUUUUUUUUUUUUUUCAAGCCUAUCCUGAUAUUUUGUAUUCUCUCUCAUUACAUUGUGUUUACAAGACAUUCACAAGAGCUUCUGUACCACAAAAUGUACCACAGUCUAAUCUAUGGGGAAUACUACAAAGCGUAAGAAAACACAUUCAUCACAUUUAUCAAGCUAACCAAAUAAUAAACCUCUGGAUUUUAGUUUCGUGUUUGCACUUUUAGAUGGUUCUAGUUUUAAAAUUGCCAAAAGAGCAAGUUGUUUGUUCUGUACUUUUACUUUCUCAUGUUGUAGAGGUUGUUUUGGAGAGGUUUUCAUAUUUUGCCACAACUUGUGCUUACAGGUUCAGAGGUUUAUAUUGUUAAAUGCCCUUUACAAGUUAUUAAUUCAUAUGCUUUAAGAAGAUAAGCUGAUUCUUUUCAGAUUUACAACUAGAGGAGCCACUACAGCUUUAGAGUGCCUGUCUGCCUUGUCCUGUACUGAAUUUAUUCUCCUGUAUUGUGAACCUGUCCAUGAGACCUGCUUUUUACCCCACAUGGCUUGUGAUUCUUCAAUACCAUUAUUCAUUGUAAACGCAUCAAUAUUAAUAAGGUUUAACAUGCACCUUUACCUGCAUAUAACACCUAUAGUCCACUGAAUAGAUUAUAGUACCUUCAGUAUUGGGAGACCCAACAGACACUGGAAUCAGUUUGCAGUUGCACAGUUCACAACUAAAAUAGUCUUCAUACUUUAACUCAUUAAAGCUAAAGGAUUAGGAUUCCUUAUCAGCAAAUAAUAUAUGGUCUUGUAUACAGGUUUUCUUUCUAGUUAAUGAUGUGAUCAAGUAUAAGUUUGCCCGUUGGGUCCAUUUUUUUUAUUUUCCUGUUUGCUUCCUUUUUUGAUAUCAUGACUGUUCCUCAGGAAUGGCUUGAUUGUACAUUGGCAUGAUACUGAGGAAUUGAUUUUACAGCUACUCUCUGAAUGUAUUUUAGUUUGGUGUGGGAUGGGUAGUCAGCCAAAAGUUGAUCACUUCCUCGGAUGACCAGUGUCUGCAGACUCAACUUUCAGGCUGUCAUUUGAUAAGCUCACUUUCUGAUUUUUACCCUCUUCCUAUCCUCAUUCUUUAUCAAUGUCUUUUUUUUUUUUUGUUUUUUUUUUGCUUUUGUAUUAAUUGAAAAUUAGAUGCGAGUCUUUAAAAUUAUACAGAUGUUUUAUUUUACAGAGAGCAAAAAUAAUGAAAUUAUAUGUGUAUAAAUUUACUUUUUUCUGUAUAAACUGAAUCACAGUGAGAGAAUUUACACUUAUUUAUUCAAAGCUUGUUCUUAUUUUAUAAUGGCCGGUUCAGACUAAUAAGAUGUAAAGAAGAACUUUUCGAAGUCUACAAAGUAUUUAUGUCAUGCAA